AUGCAAGAUUCCGUUCUAGCAAUAUUACAAGAUUCAUUGGAAGUAGUAGAGCUUGUAAGUGCAGUGGUGGAAGAUCCAGUGGCAGUGGUGGAAGAUGUAGUGGCAGUGGCGGAAGAUGUAGUGGCAGUGGUGGAAGAUCCAGUGGCAGUGGCGGAAGAUCCAGUGGCAGUGGUGGAAGAUGUAGUGGCAGUGGUGGAGGAUGUAGUUGCAGUGGUGGAAGAUCCCUUGGCAGUGGCGGAAGAUCCAGUGGCAGUGGUGGAAGAUGUAGUGGCAGUGGCGGAAGAUCCAGUGGCAGUGGUGGAAGAUGUAGUGGCAGUGGCGGAAGAUCCAGUGGCAGUGGCGGAAGAUCCAGUGGCAGUGGUGGAAGAUCCAGUGGCAGUGGCGGAAGAUCCAGUGGCAGUGGUGGAAGAUCCAGUGGCAGUAGUGGAAGAUCAAGUGGCAGUGGUGGAAGAUCAAGUGGCAGUGGUGGAAGAUCCAGUGGCAGUGGUGGAAGAUGUAGUGGCAGUGGCGGAAGAUGUAGUGGCAGUGGCGGAAGAUGUAGUGGCAGUGGCGGAAGAUCCAGUGGCAGCGGCGGAAGAUGUAGUGGCAGUGGCGGAAGAUGUAGUGGCAGUGGUGGAAGAUGUAGUGGCAGUGGCGGAAGAUCCAGUGGCAGUGGCGGAAGAUGUAGUGGCAGUGGUGGAAGAUGUAGUGGCAGUGGCGGAAGAUGUAGUGGCAGUGGCGGAAGAUGUAGUGGCAGUGGCGGAAGAUGUAGUGGCAGUGGCGGAAGAUGUAGUGGCAGUGGCGGAAGAUGUUCUGGUGUUAUGA